AAUGAUUUCAAUUGAUUUGUGUCCAGUCGUGUUGACGGUGGGAUUCGCCAAGGGAAUCUUGAAUUGCCAGUUUUUUUUUUAAAUUUUUGGGUACUUUUUAUGUGACCCAACGGCAAUUCCAAUUUUGAGGUGUAAAAUUUCCCGCGUCGUUCUAUACCGUUGAACAUUUGGCGGUUACUCAGAGUCUUAUUUCCCCAGAUAUUUCAGUUGUUCAACAUUGUUUGCUCCUCCAGAGACGCAGUGUCAGUCAACAGAAGGUUCAAAGGCGACACUUAGAGCUUGACCGUAGUGCAGUUGAAUAUGAAGGCACUUCUUAAACCAGCGUGUUGAAGACCCUUGAUACACAGUGAGUUUUUAUUUGGAGAGAUAGACUUUUAGUUUUAGCUAGAGGUUUUGACGAACUAUCUCUGCCCCGGUAAGUCGUCAAUCUUGCAAGCAACAAGCCCUGAGAUGCCCGGGGUUCAUGACAAGUCUAUACAGAGGAUGACAGCUGGAAAUACCCCAAAACUUUCCCACUGUAUGGAUCUGAACUUAUCAAAAGUUCCUAUCGUUGAAGGCUCGUCUGCUGAGAAGAGAAAGGCAGACUUUCAACAAAAAACAGCAUUCCAAUACUCACCAGUCUCUCCUUGCUGUCAGUCGUUACCAUCUGUGCCAGCCUACAGUCUUCCAUCCGUUGCUUCGGAGCUAAACUGUUUUCAUCAAGAACAGAAGGUUUCUAUCGGAAAUCUCGUGGAUUCAAGUACAAGUCCCACUGGAAAUGAGACUGAUUCUCAAUUCUUGAAAGACGAAUUUUCUUGUCAAAUGUUGUCUAAUCUUCCUCGUAUGUAUACGCAAGACAAGACACAAGAAAGUUCUUUUAGUGUGACUAGUGACUCAUCAGGUUCUUGUAAGCUGGCACGAGCGACUCCUUAUCGAAGAAACGAACUAUGUGAGAUGACACAUCUUACAUUUCCUCACCAUUUAAAAAGUGAAAUGUAUAGCUACUUCUUUUCGAGACCACUUAGAUGGCAGGAAACAAGUAGUGUAGUAUCACCUGAAAAAGACUUGAAAAAGGAUACCUCGUCAAUUCCUAUCAAAGUAUGCUCCAACUGCAGUACAACAGUCUCUCCAAACUGGUAUCUGGCAGAAGACAAAAGACCGCUAUGUAAUGCAUGCGGUAAGUUUUGGAAGAGAACAGGGACACACAGGCCAAGUUGCCACUGGGGACGAAAAAUAAAGAAACGUGCCUCUUGCAACGGAAAUAGGAGCAAAAGAAGACACAAAUAUGAGAAUAUCAAGGAAAGCUUAAACGCAACCUUUAGGAGUCACUCAUCAAUAUGGGGUAACGCUACAAAGGGAAUGGGAGACGAAACUGAGUUUGGAACGAUUGGCUCAUCAUGUGAUAGUAGCCCUUUUGAGCGAAACAAAGGAGCAGAAGGCCACAAUCAUUACUGUCCAAUGUUUGGAAUAUCAUCGGAAGCUAAGGAUGGUGGAGAUAACAAUAUUAUACCAAUUUCAAGGGAACACAAAUUUGAGGUGAAACAUUCAGCCAGUCCAGUCCAAGCCUGUGAAUCUGAAGAAAUAUUGACAUUUUCGACACGGCUUCAAAAAAGAGACGACGAGGCUAAUGGAAGUAAGACUGUCAUUGAAUCAGAUGUGGGGUCAUCAACUUCAUUUUCUACGAAAGAAACUGACUGCAAUUCAUUGCUGCACGAAUAUGCGCAGUAUUCUACGUUCCCUUAUUUGUCAUCAACAUCAAGAAAGUCUCAGCUGUUUGCGUUAGACGAUACGUUCACCAAGCAUUCUCUUGACAGAGCUGCAUGGAAUUCAAAGAGUUUGAUUGAAAUACUUGCACUUGCAGCAUCCAAGGCUCUAGAAACAGCAGACCCACAACUGAACUAAUUGUUGUCUCGCUUUGUGAAUUUUAGUGUUUCUGUAUUUGCCGAACACUGUUUACAUGUAUUUUCGGCAUCAGGCAGGUUUGUCUUGUGUGGCAUCAACUUUUGAAGAUUUGAGUAUGGGUCUCUUUGUUACAGUCUAUAUUUGUAUCAAACAUAAACGUGAUUCAAGUUAGUCAUUCGAAGUGUUUUUGUUUU